CGUUUUUCCUUACUUUAGCCUUUACCCACCCUUUACCUCUUCUCAAGGCUGAGUAUUGGAUAUUGGUAUUGGAGUAUUAGUAGUACUUAUUAGUUCUAGUUGUGGAAUGUAGUAAGUAGGCUCCAAUGUAUAUUUUCAACUUCGUCCCCAUAACAACAUUCAGUACCGAUUUGUCACUGACAGAUAUAAUCCUAUCCUUUUCACUGUUGCUGUCAACAGUGUCAACUUCAGUGCCCUACCUACCUAUUCAUCUUUCUCGUUAUCAGCGUCAAUGCCGUCAAUAAGAUGUUUGCUGAUAAUACUAUGACUAAUUAUUUUCAAAUUCUUACUCAAUUCCCCAAGUGUCGGUGUUACUCUAUCAUCACGUAUCACGAUUCUGUAGUAAGUGUUUCUUCAAGUGUCAAGGCGAAGGCAGUGGGAUUCUUAGACUCAGCCUAGCCUACUGUAUGUUUGAUCUUAAUUUUACUAUGAUACAAGUAGGCCUACUCAGUUUUCAUAAUAAAGGUACUUAAAUGUAUAAUCAAAAGUUGAAAUGGCACCUAUUUUAUACACUCUUAGUGGAUUUGCGACAUUCUUCUUUAUAUUCUGGUGUGGGAAGUGGUUAGUGCAUCUAGCUGCAAUAAUCUAUGGGAAAUACACGCUUUAUCGUAAAGUAAACCUUCAACCAACAGAAACCCCACUGCCAGGAGUAUCGAUAAUCAAACCCUUAAUGGGCGUUGACCCCAAUUUGUAUGGAAACCUCGAAACAUUUUUCACAAUGAAUUAUCCCUUGUAUGAAAUCGUUUUCUGCAUAGAAGAUGAAAAUGAUCCAGCUAUAAUGCUUGUUAAAAAACUUAUAGAAAAAUACCCUUUAGUGGAUGCUAGUAUAUUCAUUGGUGGAGCAGUUGUUGGUGUGAACCCAAAAAUCAACAACAUGCAGCCUGGGUACUUGGCAUCCAAGUACCCUUUGGUGCUCAUUUCUGACAGUGGGAUCAGAAUGAAAGAAGACACAUUGUUGGACAUGGUCCAGUUGAUGAGUGAUGAUGUUGGAUUGGUUCAUCAAUUACCCUUCACCUGUGACAGGGAAGGAUUUGCAGCAACAGUAGAAAAGAUAUAUUUCGGAACCAUUGUGGCUCGCAUUUACCUGGUAGCUGAUCUUCUCAGGAUCAACUGUCACACAGGCAUGUCUGCACUCAUGCGCAAGUGUCUUAUUAACGAGGUUGGUGGGAUCCAAGCUUUCAGCUGCUACCUUGCAGAAGAUUUCUUUUUUGCCAAGUCUUUCUCCGAUAGAGGCUGGAGGAUACGAGUGGCCAGUCUUCCAGCCCUUCAGAAUUCUGGGUUGUGUGAAAUUACCAGUUUCCAAGCUCGGUUACAGAGGUGGGCCAAACUAAGGGUAGCAAUGCUGCCUCACACUAUUCUCCUAGAACCAUUGUCUGAAUGCUUUGUACUCGGAGCUUGCGCAGCAUGGUCGGCUAACUACCUCUUUGGAUGGGAGCCUCUAGUUUUCUUCCUCGUUCACGUUUUGUUCUGGUUUUUCUUAGACUGGAUUCUCCUAUCAGUUGUGCAGAAUGGGUCGCUGCCAUUCAGCAAGUUUGACUUUGUGAUAGGGUGGUUGUUUAGAGGGAUCAGUGGUCCGUAUUUGUUCCUGUACGCAGUGUGGGAUCCAACCAUCAGAUGGCGAUCGCGCACGUAUCGUCUGCGCUGGGGAGGCAUUGCAGAGGAGUGUCAUCCCAAGGUGAAAAUGUGAGAUUGGUUGGAUACUCGCAAAUACAUGCCUCUCACUAUUUACGCUUAAAUCGCUCGCUUGAUGUUUUGCGAGGAACUAAUUCAACGUUUUGUAUAAUCUUAUAUUACACCCGAGUAGUACAGUCCUUUUAUAUUUGUCGUUAGGUUUAAUAAACCAAACAUAUCAACUGGGGAGUUUGAAGAGUGAACAAACAGUUAUGGUAACAAUAUUGGGUACUUAUGUUACUUAUCAUACUGCCUACUAUUAUUAUAUUAUAUUUGUUUAUACCUAUUAUUAUAAGUUUGUAAACAUAGUUUUAAAUUGUGUAAUAAGGUUUGCUUUUUAGAAUUGCGAGGUAAGAUAUUUUACAAGAUUUCAAACCACCUAGAUUCAGUUUAUUGUCUGAUUUUGUUAACUAAAGAUAUCUUGUUGAAAGAACAAACAUUACAAAAAAGGUCUAACCUCUACAAUUAAUUAUUGAAAAGCCUGUGCUAUGCAAUACUGCCCAAAUUUUAAAAGAACAAUUUUUGUUUUUCAUCCAUUUCGAUAUUGACCGUCUUGCAAUAAUUUGAUAUCAUUGAUUCAUUAAGUACAUCACCACAAACUAACUUAAAAUUGUUUAUAAUAUCAUUGGAUUGAACUUAUAAAAAUUAGCAUGGAUGUGAUUUUUAAACUAAGUUAUCUCCUCUGUAAAGUAAUUCUCUGUUGUACCUUUUCAGGUUUAAAAUAAUACCAAAAUGAGGAAAUACGAUUUUAUAAUUGUUUUAAAAUGGCAUAUACUUCCUUGGUUCCUUUGUUUUGAGGAAUGUUACAAAACAUAAUGCAACCAAUAUUUUUUAUACUAUUUCUUAUUCUUAGACUCUAUAAAAUAUUCAUCUACAAUAUAACUAGCUCCUUUCGAUAGCAACAACCUAUUCAUAGCUUAUGAAAAUAACUUCAUAGCAAACAAAUUUGAAGCUUAGACAUAAAAUUAAAUUACCUUUAUGAUCAAAUUUACUGUAAAAAGUCGAUAUUACUAAAAGAUCCAUAUUAAAGAUUAAUUAUAUUUAUUAAAUAGGUUAUUGAGCAUAUAAAUCCUUCUUUAUUGUGGAGAACUUAGGACCUCAUGGCCCUUUCUUACAGUUAACCUCUAAAAACUAAUAAUAACAACAAAACCAAAUCAGUUAAUGUACUACUUAUAGCAAAUAUUCAUUAUUUUGUCUUCCAAAUUAGAAGAAUUAAAACAAUAACGUAUCGUACUGAAACUUCCAGCAGAGAUUGUAGUAAGUUUUGCAAGAGAAUUGCUUUUCUUUAACAUGAAAGACAAAGAACUUAAUGUGAAUUAAAAUGCUUACUCUUGACUCGAAGUACAAGAAAGUAUGCCGUUUCAUGCAUAUGUUAUUGUUUUAAACUUAUUUAAUAUAAUUUGUCUUCCUGCUCAACACGAAAGUCUUCUUACUUUUACUUUAGUAAAUAUCUGUAGUAUUUGAAAUGAACAAAAUUGAGAAAGGUAAAAUUGAAUAUAGCUGUUUUCUUGUAUCGUCAUAAAGUAAUAAGGUUUGUUGUUGAUUAUGAUGGCUCUAGUAGGCUAUUGUGUUUAAGUUUUUUAGUUAACAAGAAUAUUUGUUGUGAUCUAUUCAUAGAAUAGUGAUACUUUUUGUUUACAAUAUUGAAUUUUAACAUGUUUCCUUUGAACUCUUUUUUUCCGUAAAACCUUAUAUAUAUAUUUUCAGGGUUAUAACCGGUGUAGAUUUAGAAAUACAUAAAUGUUACUCCUUCUAAUCAUUGUUAAACUUCCAAAUUCAUUCCAUAUUUUUUUAUUUAAAGCUGCCAAAAUUUUAACAGGUGAUUAUUAUACAUUUAUUAUAUACAUUAGCCAUCUUCUCAACUAUUUACAGACAUUUUACUGAUAUUAUUGUGCUGAAACCUUAAUGAUUGUUUAAUUUUUAAUAUAUUUCAAGAUUAAACAAUAAACAUGAACAAAUUUAUAAAAAUAUUUUAUGAAUGUUGGGCAAAGAGUUGUGUGUUCAAUUUUAUUUUUUCGACAAAAUUGUAGGAAAUAUAUUGUGGGAUUGAUUUGGUAUUAUAAUAAACUACAUUUAUCGUGAUUCAGCUACGCUAGCAAUAUAUUUAUCAUUUAUUUUAUGAUUCUCCCUUGACUUGUGUCUUCCCAGUUGUGUUGUAAGUAUUUACUUAAAUAAUGUUUCUGAGCCUAAUGCUGUACUUUUUGUCUAAUUAUGAAGGAUUCGUCUUAUAGGAUAGUCUUAAAAAGGAAAAAAAAAUAUUAGAACGAUCUAGCUCAGAUUGAGUUUAUUCAUUUGAUUAUUUUCAUAGGAAUAAUUGAAUUUUUUUAUGUUGAUUGAUUUAUACAAAAAUCUCAAAACUAGUUUUAUUUAUAUAGUUAUUGAAUUUUUCAGUCAUUAUGUCUAUGCUAAUCACCUAAAUUAUAAUAAUGUAUUCUAAACUAGGCAAUGUAAACCUCUUAUCUGACAACUUAUUCCAAAGAAUCCUGCAGGUUUUUACAUUUUUGUGAUAAAAAUAUUGGUUAUGUUGGUUCUCUGACACAGUCAGAUUUUAAUUUCCAGUCCAACAGGUUUUACCAAGAAGUUGACCCUCAUUAGCGAUGCGAGCCAGCAUAGGUAUGUUCCUUGGCCCUACUACUAUCUGUGAUUUUGGUGCUGUGUCACUAGCACUAGAUUCUAGGCCUGGGGUAGUAGGGCCAAGGAACAUACUUCUGUACCAGACUGUAUAUUAAACUGCGGCCUUGUGUCAGAGUUCCUAACCCUCGCUCGGGUCAACCCCUUGGACUGGAAAUUUAAAUCUGACUGUGUCAGAGAACCAAUGUGGCCAAAAUAUUACACCUUUCCAAUCAAUGAAGAGUGGUUGUAAAACUUAAACCUUAUUACUUUAUUUACUUUUGGUUUUUGUCAAUUUGUCUUAAAAAUAUCUGGAACCUAGGACAGUAGGGGGGAAAUAAAAACAAUUGUAAACAUUCGUAAUAUGGGUCCAACGGUAAUAAUGUAUUUCUUAACAAAACUAUGUUUUUAAUUUCUAAGUAAUUGUUUCCUUGAAAGCAAAAUAAGAUGAAAUAAAUGUUACCAUAUGAUACUGGUUGUUUUGAAAACUUGUUAUUGUGUUAAAUCACUUUUCUUAUAAGUUUUAAGACUGCUUAAAAACAUGAAAUGUAUAGAGGUGAAUACGUAGUGCCUGAAAACUGAGUUCGGGCUCCUUUAUUGAAAUGUAAAUGUCCAGUUGAUCGUAAAUGAAAUUAGGAGAAAUCCAUAGUUGCUAAAUUCAAACCAAAAUAAUUGACUUGUGGGAUGCCAAUCUUAGCUAGGCAAGAAUAAAUGUGGUUGGUAAAAUUAUAAGUUUGAUUAAUUCUUAAUUAUAGAGGAAGCUAACACAGGGUUUUAUCUACGAUAUUUCUGUUACAUUUGACCCUCUUCUAAAUUGGUGGAUAUUUUUUAUAUUACAGUAAAACACCUUGAUUUCGCUUUAGUCAGCUGUAUCCUGGAGUUGAACGAGAUUAUUUUUUUACUUUUGAGUGUGUUCUUUACUUAGUACAAAAAUAGUAAAAGUAUUGUUAGAGUUGUUUGAGGUUGUGACGUACAUUGUAUCAUAAGUUGUGUUUUGCCAUUGAGGAGUAAGUAGGCCGAAGAAAAAUUUUUGUUCGGUAAUUACUGGGUCAUGACAUUGUUCCAGAUUGAAUUAAUUCCUUAUACAUACCAUAAAGCAUUGUAGAUAUCAGCUGUUUUUUGAGGCUGCAUUGCCAGUAUUUAAAUCUUUUUAUUUUUCAGUCACCAUCUUUGGAUUAAUCUGUGAUAAAGGAUAUCAAAUACUUUAGCGAUUUAGCGUUUGUGAGUGACAUUAGUAUAUUGCAUUUUUUGAAAUGGAGAAGAAAAAAAUCCACUUUAUGGAAAAGUGCUUGCUUUGUUAAAAUUCACUUUAAUAUUCAGAGAUGAAAAAUUGUUUAGUAGGACAAACCAGCUUGUGAUUUCUAGUUUUGUGGUCGGAAACUUAAUUGUACAUUUCUUACAAUGAUAACACAACAUUAAAUUAUUUAGGUCUAUAAUGCUUUAUUACGGUUGCUGUUAGUUUAUAAACAUUAGAUUUUAUAUCGCUCCUACUAAUGUACUUAUUCUUGGAACAUAUCUGAAAAGUCAACAUUAAAACGAUAUUGCUGCUUGUGUUUUUAAAAGUAGUCUGGUAGAUGAAAUACGUGACGACAACAUAAAAAAACUUACACAUGCUUUACUCGAUACUAGAUUUAUAAGUAUUCAUGUACUAGACAACUUAAUAUUUAUCGUUAAAUGAAUUAAUUAUUUUGCAAGAUUUAUUUGUAUAUAUUAAGAAAGUGGUAGAUUUUUUAUUAUGUAACGUAUAAAAAUCCUAAAAUGAGAAUAUAAUGGUACAAAAGAAAUUCUAAUGAACAUUUUUUUGGCUGUAUAUGCAUUGUUAUUUUCUAUGUUUAUGUGUUAGCAAACAUCAUACUUACACCAGUUUAAACAAAACUAUGAUAAAUAUGCCAGUUUGUGCUGACAUUUUGGCAUCAAUUGCUACAGUUGCUUUGUUUGAAACACUUGUAGCCUGAAGCACGUUUUCUAGCAAUGACUAAGUUAGAAUAAUACAUGUCUGGUGGUUUAGUUUGAUUUCAAUAUAGACUUUAAUCCACUUAUGUGAUCCAAAAUUCUUUUGUAUGCAGGGAUUUCUUUUGGAAUCCAAAUAAAUGCAGUAGAAUACCUCACUGCCUUAUAGAACAUAGUUAGGUUUUCCCCCAGAUUCAAAUGGAUCAACUCAGAGCUAGCCUUAGGUGCUGUGGGCCCUUUACUUGUAAAAAGGUAGUAUCCCAUCCCAACAAUACGAAAAAAUAUAUAUAUUCUAUGUAAAAUAAACAAAUGUAUAAUAAUCAUCCUCAAUCACCAACUGUUGCUCAUAUGAUUUUCUUUUUUUCUUCAAUAAUCAUAAAGUAUUUACAAAAAUUUACAUAACAGUCUUGGUAUUGUUUUUUUUUUCUUAUGCAAAGGGCUUUAAAUUAUAAGCUAGAAAUGUCCUUGCAUAACAGUAAAUUUUUUGAUAACUUCAUAAUUGGAAGUAAUUCUUAAUUAGUAAAAUUUAAGACUAGUUUCCAACCUUGAAUAUCUCGGCAACAUCUAUGAUCAUCUUCUGCCAUUGUAGCAACAACAUUGAUAAUUUUCUGCGACUGCAGCAACAUACGCCAGCAUCUCUCAUGAUCACAGCAACAAUGGUGAUGUUUUUUACAAUUGCCAUGACUUCCGGAAGAAGGGGUUAAAUCGUUUUACUUGACACAAUGACGCAAAAAGAGGAAAAACAGCAAUUAUUAUUGGAUGUUAUUGGCAAUAAUUUAUAAUUAAAAUCUCUUCAGUCCCAUUCACAGUUAUUACUUUUUAUAAUUAUUUUCAGUUUUUUCUGUAAGCUCAGGGCCCUGUGCAGCAACACCCUUCCACAUGUGUCUAAGGGUGGCUCUGGAUCAACUUAGAUAGGUUGAUUCAAUGUUAAUAUUCACAUCACAAGUUGUAUACCCCUCAAUUUAAACUUGAAUCAUCUAAACCCCUAAAUCAAGCUUUCAAGCUUUUUGCUUUCAGUAAAAUCCUUGAAAAGUAAGGUUUAUAAAUAAUAAUAAAAUUAGCCUUUUUUUUAACAAAAUCAGUUUUCAAAUGCUAAAACUAUUGUCUCAUUUUAGCUUCUUUAU